CUCUUUCACUCACUCUUCUUUCCUGUUUUAUUUUAUAUACAAAUAUAUAUAUUUACUUAUUUCCCUUUACACCACAUUAUUGGAAUUACAAAACAAAGGUCAUCAACCGUCUCCAUCUUUUGUUUUUAGUACAUCCAAACCAUUCUUUUUUUUUUUUACAAGACGCCACUACAUAACAUAUAUAUACAUAUAAUACACACUACAAUACAACAUGAGUUACAGUAAACGGGACGAGGACUCAGGCGAAAUUGGACUUUUUUAUCAUCUCGACAAAACCGCCGUAUUGCAGGAAGCUCGUGUAUUUAACAAUUCUCCCAUCAACGCUAGAAAAUGUCGUAUUCUAUUGACCAAGAUUAUCUAUUUAUUGUACCUCGGUGAACCUUUUGCUUCCAAAGAAGCUACUGAUCUCUUCUUCAAUGUCAUCAAACUCUUCCAAUCCAAAGACACCUCUUUACGACAAAUGAUGUAUCUAGUUAUCAAGGAAUUAUCAGGCAUUGCAGAAGAUGUUAUUAUGGUGACUCAAUCUUUGAUUAAGGAUAUUCAAUCAAAACAAGAAACUAUUUAUCGUGCCAAUGCCAUCCGUGCUCUCUGUUUGAUCACUGACCCAUCCAUGAUUCAAGGUAUCGAACGUAUUCUCAAAGCAUCUAUUGUGGACAAGAAUCCUUCAGUUUCCUCUGCAGCUUUGGUAUCAUCCUAUCAUUUAUUUGAUGUAGCCAAAGAUAUUGUACGUCGUUGGUCAAAUGAAGUACAAGAAGCCGUUCAUGCCAAAUCGACCAGCUCUGGAUUGGCUUCUGCUGCUUCUUAUAUGUCUAGUUUUGGUGGUCAACCUAACAAUGCUCCCGUGGUUAUUUCCAGUAGUAAUAUUACUCAAUAUCAUGCCCUUGGUUUACUCUAUGCUAUCCGUCAACAUGAUCGUAUGGCUGUGACCAAAUUAGUUCAAACAUUCUCUGGUUCUCGUAGUAGUGGUUUUCUCGGUGGUGGUGGUGGUAGUACUCUAAAAAAUCCUGCUGCUGUUUGUCUCUUGAUUCGUUAUGCUUGUAAAGUUAUGGAAGAAGACCCUGGAUCUACUGUACGCAUUUACGAAUUAUUGGAAGGAUAUUUACGACACAAGAGUGAUAUGGUAAAUUUGGAAGCUGCUCGUGCUAUUUGUGAAAUGCCUGAUGUCUCCAUUAAAGAGCUCCAUCCAGCUAUUUCUGUAUUACAACUAUUUUUGUCAUCACCAAAACCUACUCUCCGUUUUGCCGCUAUCCGUAUUCUCAACAAGUUAUCACUCUCCAACCCUGCUGCUGUGUCGCCUUGCAAUUUGGAUAUGGAAAAUCUCAUCACUGAUCAAAACCGCAGUGUGGCUACUUUUGCUAUUACAACUUUAUUGAAAACCGGUAACGAAGCGUCUGUGGAUAGAUUAAUGAAACAAAUCUCUGGAUUUAUGAGUGAAAUCUCGGAUGAAUUCAAAGUUAUUGUCGUGGAAGCUAUUCGAUCGUUGUGUCUCAAAUUCCCUGCCAAGCAAGUCAUUAUGCUCAACUUCCUUAGUGGUGUCUUACGUGAUGAAGGUGGAUAUGACUUUAAAAAGGCUGUGGUAGAAGCUAUUUUUGAUAUGGUCAAGUUUAUUACCGAUUCUAAGGAUGCUGCUCUUUCUCAUUUGUGCGAAUUUAUUGAAGAUUGUGAAUUCACUAAACUCUCUGUACGUAUUCUUCAUGUUCUUGGUGUGGAAGGACCCAAAACUGCAACUCCUACCAAAUAUAUCCGUUAUAUCUAUAAUCGUGUUAUUCUAGAAAACUCUAUUGUACGUGCUGCUGCUGUAAGUGCUCUUGCCAAGUUUGGUGUCAAUGUACAAGAUGCUUUAGUCAAGAAAAGUGUCAAGGUGUUACUGACAAGAUGUUUGGAUGAUGUUGAUGAUGAAGUUCGUGACAGAGCCACUUUAUAUUUGACAUUUAUGGAACAUGAUGACAUUGCCAAAGAUUAUGUACAAGAUGAUGCCACAUUUGCACUACCUACUUUGGAACGUCAGCUUGUUGAAUAUGUAAAUAGUCCACUUGCUAAUGAUAAGGAAUUCGAUCUUGGUGGAGUACCCGUUAUUAGCAAGGCUCAAGAAGAAGAAGAACGUCGUCGUCUCCGUACUCAGGAUAUUAUCUCUCCUUCAGCUACACCUUCUUUGUCUGGAACAACAUUUGCAGGUGUAGAAGGUACUAAUGGUUCAGUAGCCCCUACUGUUUCUACAGCCCAUCAACAAUUUGGAGUCAGUAGUCUGGAUCAACAAGCGGUGUAUGCAGAACAAUUGGCUCAAAUUCCUGCGUUACAAACCUUUGGUACUCUCUUCAAUAGUUCUAGCAAGCCUGUGCCAUUGACGGAAAGUGAAACUGAAUAUGUAGUCCAUUGUGUUAAACAUACCUUUGCUCGUCAUGUCGUGUUCCAAUUCAACUGUACCAAUACACUUAAUGAUCAACUAUUGGAAAACGUGCGUAUGGUGAUGCAACCUUUGGAUGAUGCUCCUUUGGUUCAAGUGGCCGAGAUCCCUGCACCAAAAUUGGAAUAUAAUGUACCUGGUUAUAUCUAUGUGGCUUUCGAACAAGAAGAUCCUGAAGAUCUUGCUGUUGGUACUUUCUCCAAUACAUUGAAAUUUGAUGUGAAGGAUUGUGAUCCUACUACUGGAGAACCUGAUCCUGAAGGUUAUGAUGAUGAAUACCAAGUGGAAGAUAUUGAAGUUACCAUCAAUGAUUACAUUCGACCUAACUAUGUAUCUCAAUUUGCACAAGAAUGGGAAACCCUUGAACAUGAACUGGUAGAAACAUUUGCGCUGGAUAAGGAUAAAGCACCAAGUUUGAAAGUGGCAUGUGGCUCAAUUCUUGAUUUACUUGGAAUGCAAGCUUUGGAAGAUAGUGCAUUACCCAAGAGUGCUAGUGUACAUACAUUGUUAUUGGCAGGUACUUUCUUGGGUGGAAACAAAGUAUUGGCUCGUUGUCGUAUGACAUUCAGUAACGCUACUGGAGUGGCAUUUGAAUUAGCUGUCCGAAGUCAAGAUGAUUUCACCUCUCAAAUGGUCCUUUCUGCUAUUGCUUAGAAUUUUUUUUUUAUCAUUUUCUUAUUAUUAUCUUAUUAUUAUCAUUCUUUCUCUCUCUCUCUCUCCUUUGUGUCAUCAUCCUAUUUACCUUUUGUCUCUCUUUCCUGACUUUUUUUUUCUAUUAUUUUCACUUUACAAUUUACUUUAUCCCCUCCCUGCUUUUUAUAUAUUUCAAAUAAAAAAAAAAAAGUGAUUUCAGUUC